AUGGCCGAGCGCGGGUGCCCGUUGGAGGCGGUGCCGCUGCCCGCUGAGGUGCGGGAGAGCCUGGCCGAGCUGGAGCUGGAGCUGUCGGAAGGUGACAUCACUCAAAAAGGAUAUGAAAAGAAAAGGGCAAAGCUGCUUGCACGCUGUGUACCCCUCAUUCAAGGAGUAGACCCCUCCCUGCAAGUGGAGAAUCGCAUCCUCGGGCCCGCACAAGCCUCAGCCCCCGCGCCCAAGCAGCCCAAGCCACGGCCCAGCAACGCCCGGGAUGAGCGCUUCCGGUCAGAUGUUCACACUGAGGCCGUGCAGGCAGCUUUGGCCAAAUACAAAGAGAGGAAGAUGCCCAUGCCAUCCAAGAGGCGCUCUGUCCUCACGCAUGCAUCUGUGGAGGCCUACACACCCCCAGACACGUCAUCUGCCUCAGAAGAUGAGGGCUCUUUACAGCGCCCCGGGCGACUGGCCUCCGCUCCGCUGCAGAGCCGCCCCAGCGUCGAGCCCUGGCCCGAGCCGGCCAUUCAGGGCUCGUCCACCUCCUCCUCCGCGUCCUCCACCUCAUCUCACCCGGGAGGGCAGCCUGCCGCCACGCCCAGUGCUGCCGCUGCACUUGCCGGCCCCGUGGCCCUCACCCGCGUAGAUCUGCACUCUGCCCCUCCUGAUGUCACCACGGGCCUCGUGCAGCAUCAGCACGCAUACUGCGAGCGUCCGCAGAUGACCUCUGUGAGAGGAGUCCCUCGGGGCUGCCGCGGGAGUGUCCUAGAGACGGCAGGUGGUGUCCCCGUGAGCAGCAGGGUGUCCUCCAAGAUCCAGCAGCUCCUGAACACCCUGAAGAGGCCAAAGCGCCCUCCCCUGAAAGAGUUCUUUGUGGAUGACCUUGAAGAGCUGUUGGAAGUGCAGCAGCCGGAUCCGAACCAACCGAAGCCCGAGGGCAGCCAAAUGGCGGUGCUGCGAGGGGAGCCGCUGGCCGAGGGCUCCUGGCCGCCCUCGCUGCUGGCCGCCUUGCAGCAGUGGGGUACCACACAGCCCAAAGCUCCGUGCCUGACUGCCCUGGACACCGCCGGGAAGGCCGUCUACACCCUCACCUAUGGCAAACUUUGGAGUCGAAGUUUAAAACUAGCUUAUACGCUACUUAAUAAACUGACUAAUAAGAACGAACCACUGCUUAAACCUGGAGACAGAGUGGCGCUGGUGUUCCCGAACAGUGACCCAGUGAUGUUCAUGGUUGCGUUCUACGGGUGUCUCCUGGCCGAGCUGGUUCCUGUCCCCAUCGAAGUGCCGCUCACGAGAAAGGAUGCUGGCAGCCAGCAGGUCGGGUUUCUGCUGGGCAGCUGUGGCAUCUCCCUGGCCCUGACCACAGACGCUUGUCAGAAAGGCCUGCCCAAGGCUCAGACCGGAGAGGUGGUGACCUUCAAAGGCUGGCCCCCCCUCACCUGGCUGGUGAUAGAUGGGAAGCACCUGACCAAGCCCCCCAAGGACUGGCACCCGGCAUUGCAGGAUGCGGGGCCCCGGACCGCCUACAUCGAGUACAAAACCAGCAAGGAGGGAAGUACGGUGGGAGUGGCGGUGUCGCAUGCGUCCCUGCUGGCGCAGUGCCAGUCUCUGACCCAGGCGUGCGGCUACUCGGAAGCUGAAACAUUAACAAAUGUGCUGGAUUUCAAAAGGGAUGCCGGCCUGUGGCAUGGAGUGUUAACAAGCAUCCUGAACAGGAUACAUGUGGUCAGCAUCCCGUAUGCGCUGAUGAAGGCGAACCCACUCUCCUGGAUUCAGAAAGUGUGUGUGUAUAAAGCCCAAGCUGCACUGGUAAAGUCCCGCGACAUGCAUUGGUCUCUCUUGGCUCAGCGAGGUCAGAGGGACGUCAGCCUCAGCUCCCUGCGCCUGCUGAUCGUGGCUGAUGGUGCAAACCCCUGGUCCAUAUCCUCCUGUGAUGCAUUCCUCAACGUCUUCCAGGCCAGAGGGCUGAGGCCAGAGGUCAUCUGUCCCUGUGCCAGCUCACCGGAGGCGCUCACCGUGGCCAUCCGCAGGCCGCCUGAUAUGGGGGGCCCUCCUCCAAGAAGAGCUGUGCUGUCCAUGAGUGGCCUCAGUCAUGGGGUGAUCAGAGUGGACGCUGAGGAGAAGCUGUCGGUCCUCACAGUUCAGGAUGUCGGCCAGGUGAUGCCUGGAGCUAACGUGUGUGUUGUGAAGGUGGAGGGUACCCCUCAUCUCUGCAAAACUGAUGAAGUUGGAGAGAUCUGUGUGGACUCCAGUGCGACGGCGACAGCAUACUAUGGGCUGCUUGGGAUCACCAAAAACGUCUUUGAGACUGUCCCUGUCACUGCUGGGGGCGCACCUGUCUCGGACCGACCUUUCACCAGGACGGGGCUUCUGGGCUUCAUCGGGCCUGAUGACCUGGUCUUCGUCGUGGGCAAGCUGGACGGGCUGAUGGUGGUGGGAUUUCGCAGACACAACGCGGAUGACGUGGUGGCCACUGCGCUGGCCGUGGAGCCCAUGAAGUUUGUCUACAGAGGCAGGAUUGCUGUGUUCUCCGUGACAGUGCUCCAUGACGACCGGAUCGUGCUGGUGGCGGAGCAGCGGCCUGACGCCUCCGAGGAGGACAGCUUCCAGUGGAUGAGCCGCGUGCUGCAGGCCAUCGACAGCAUCCACCAGGUGGGCGUGUACUGUCUGGCCCUGGUUCCUGCCAACACCUUGCCCAAGGCUCCUCUCGGUGGGAUUCACGUUUCUGAAACCAAGCAGCGCUUCCUGGAGGGGAUGCUGCACCCAUGUAAUGUGUUGAUGUGCCCUCACACAUGUGUUACCAACCUUCCCAAGCCUCGGCAGAAGCAGCCAGAGGUUGGACCUGCCUCCAUGAUCGUUGGGAACCUGGUCGCCGGGAAGAGAAUUGCUCAGGCCUCAGGGAGGGAGCUGUCUCACCUGGAGGACAGUGACCAGGCGAGGAAGUUCCUGUUCCUGCCCGAUGUGCUGCAGUGGCGGGCCCACACCACCCCCGAACACCCGCUGUUCCUGCUGCUCAAUGCCAAGGGCACAGUCACCAGCACGGCAACCUGCGUCCAGCUCCACAAAAAGGCCGAGCGAGUGGCCGCUGCUCUGACGGAGAAGGCAAGGCUCAGCGCCGGGGCCCAUGUGGCCCUGGUCUACCCUCCAGGGGUGGACCUCAUUGCUGCCUUCUACGGCUGCCUGUACUGCGGCUGCGUGCCUGUCACCGUGCGGCCCCCACACCCCCAGAACCUCGCCACCACACUUCCUACUGUCAAAAUGAUUGUGGAGGUCAGCAAGUCUGCGUGCGUGCUCACCACGCAGGCCAUCAUGCGGCUGCUCAGGUCCAAAGAAGCAGCGGCCACCGUGGACGCCAGGACCUGGCCGACCAUUCUGGACACAGAUGACAUACCCAAGAAGAAGGUGGCCAGCAUCUUCAGGCCCCCGUCCCCGGAUGUGCUCGCGUACUUGGACUUCAGCGUGUCAACGACAGGGAUCCUGGCAGGUGUGAAGAUGUCGCAUGCGGCCACCAGUGCCCUGUGCCGCUCCAUCAAGCUGCAAUGUGAGCUGUACCCGUCCAGGCAGAUCGCCAUCUGCCUCGACCCCUACUGUGGCCUCGGCUUCGCCCUGUGGUGUCUCUGCAGCGUCUACUCGGGACACCAGUCGGUACUGGUGCCCCCGCCGGAGCUGGAGACCAACGUGUCCCUGUGGCUGUGGGCCGUCAGCCAGUACAAGGCGCGCGUCACCUUCUGCUCCUACUCCGUGAUGGAGAUGUGCGCCCGGGGCCUGGGCGCGCAGACGGCGGCGCUCAGAAUGAAGGGCGUGAACCUGUCGUGUGUGCGCACCUGCAUGGUGGUGGCUGAGGAGCGGCCCAGAAUCGCGCUCACACAGUCCUUCUCCAAGCUGUUCAGAGACCUGGGCCUGCCCGCACGCGCCGUGAGCACCACGUUCGGCUGCAGGGUCAACGUGGCCAUCUGCCUCCAGCCCAACAGGCUGGGAAAGCUGGCUGAGCAGGGCACAGCCGGCCCAGACCCCACAACUGUCUAUGUGGACAUGCGGGCACUGCGCCAUGACAGGGUACGUCUGGUGGAACGGGGUUCUCCGCACAGUCUGCCAUUGACUGAGUCUGGAAAGAUUCUCCCGGGAGUGAAGGUCAUCAUCGCCCACACGGAGACCAGAGGGCCCCUGGGAGACUCGCACCUGGGGGAGAUCUGGGUGAGUAGCCCCCACAAUGCCACCGGGUACUACACAGUCUACGGGGAAGAGGGGCUCCAUGCCGACCACUUCAGUGCCCGGCUGAGUUUCGGAGACACCCAGACCGUUUGGGCGAGGACUGGCUUCCUGGGCUUCCUUCGAAGGACAGAGCUCACCGACGCCAGUGGAGAGCGACAUGACGCGCUGUACGUGGUGGGGUCCCUGGACGAGACGCUGGAGCUGAGGGGCAUGCGCUACCACCCCAUUGACAUCGAGACGUCCGUGAUCCGUGCGCACAGGAGCAUCGCUGAAUGUGCCGUGUUCACGUGGACCAACCUGCUGGUGGUGGUGGUGGAGCUGGAUGGGCUGGAGCAGGACGCGCUGGAUCUGGUGGCCCUGGUGACGAACGUGGUGCUGGAGGAGCACCACCUGGUGGUGGGUGUGGUGGUCAUCGUGGAUCCGGGUGUCAUCCCCAUCAACUCCCGCGGGGAGAAGCAGCGCAUGCACCUGCGUGAUGGCUUCCUAGCCGACCAGCUGGACCCCAUCUACGUGGCCUACAACAUGUGAGCCCACUCAGCCCCAACCAGCUGGACCCCACCUGCGUGAUGGCUUCCUAGCCAACCAGCUGGACGCCAUCUACAUGGCCUACAACAUGUGAGUCCACUCAGCCCUGACCAGCUGGACCCCAUCUAUGUGGCCUACAACACGUGAGCUCAUUCAGCCCCGGCCCAAAAGUGGCCUCGCGAGCCAUCAGAGGGGCUGGGGUGCAUUUGCAUCCCCUGGGGAGAGGACCCCAGGCUCCUGAGCACAGGGCCCCCCCACGCACUUACAUACCCAUCUCAAUCUAGAAACCACUUCCUGAAUUACUCAAAACCUUUUAAUCAUCUGGGACAUUUACAGAAACAUGAAUGUCAAUAUUGCAACAGAUGGUGUGACUGGGGAAGAAGCCUGGUGCAGGCACUGCAGGUGCUGUAGGGUGUAAUCCUCUGCUGUAUUAUGAAUUUGCACUUUUUUUAGGCUAAAAAUACAGUUCUUGAUUUUAAAAAUUCAACUCUUUAUGACCAUUUCAAAUGACAAGGUCAUACUUAGAAUUUAUGCCAGAAGGAGUUUGAGGCCCAAGGACAGCUGCUUCAGUUCUGAUUCACAGGGAAGAGCAAAAUACAGAAAGGCUGGUAGGCAGGGCAGGAUCCUGGCCUGGCCCCCUCUUCCCCACCCCCGACCUGCUCUGGGCCCCAGACCAGGCUCAAGCGUACACACUUCCUCUCUGAACACAGGUAUGCUGGCUGCCUGCCUGUGUCGUCUCUAACCUUGACAGGGUCCAUCAGGUGAGCAGCUGUUUCAGAAAGAUAAAGGAACGCUGAGUUUUAAACCUCUUUCUGAGUUUCUGACUUCUUGCUGUUCAGCUGAAGUGCUGAUUUUCAUGACCACAGUAUAGGAUCUUCUCGCUGUCCAAAAAUGUACUGAGUUACUGUUUUUAUUCCACAUCAGUAGAUGUGGACUCACCGGUGGACUGAGGAUUACCCAAGCGGUGGUACAGCCUGGGGCCCGGGAGAACUUUGCUGGCCACUGUCGCAUCCUGAGUUGUGUGCCUGUAAAAUUUGGCCAAAUCAUGUUCACUUAUUUUAUUUGAACUCAACUAAACUGAGUGAUAUAAUAUUAUAGUAAAUCUAAAUCAGAGAACAUGAAAUCCUUUAGAUACUUCUAAGAAUUUAAAGUGAAGCUUGAAUCUAAGACAGAGUAUUUUUGUAUCACUAAUAAAAAAUGUUACGAGUUGUCGGGACUGUGGGUCAGAAGGUUUAUGAAUCACACGCUUCCUAGAAACAGCCAGGUUUUUCUGGAAUUAGCCUGAAUCAGUGCCUAAUAGUUGUUAAUUCUUUACCAUUUAAAAUUCUCCACCAAAAAGGCCUGGCUGACUGGGCUGACUCUCACGUCUCUUUCUUGGCUACAAGUAGCUUGUGCUCAGUAGCUCUUGGCGUGCCCUGUGGUACGUAAGAACAUACUGGAAUUGAACAGUCCUCGUGUAAUUAUGUAUAUAACAUGUGUAACUUAUUGGUUGACAUACAGAGGUUCUAGCAGUGGACUAAGGGAUAUUCCUCAUAACAGAAUGGCCUGUAGGAGAGGAACCACCCAGCCCUUUAUGUUGUCAUUUUAUAGCAACAGGCAUUGUAAAAUUUUUGUAUUGAAAGGUAAGUGGCAGUAAGACAUGUCUUGUAAAUUAAGAUUUUAAGAAGCAUUAAAAUGUUUUAAAAUUACUCUCUGGGAAUUCUGUAUGUCAGAGAAAAUUUUUAUAUCAUUAUGUUAAUAAAAGUUAUGGACUGUUUGUAAUUCUGCCAUUUGAAAUGUGUGAAAAGGUUUUUAAAAUUACCCCAAAUAGCAGGUAUUUUAUUAUGCAUUUUUCUUUGCUGAAUAUAGAAGCAUUUAUGCUGAAGCAUAAAAUCUACAAAGCACAUUAAAGUAUAAAAAAUAAAAUUUAAAUCUCCCAUAAUCCUACCUCUCGUUAAUGACAGUGUGUUAGUAUUUGAUGUAAAUCCUUUCAAGGUUUUAUUUUUUUCUUUAAAAAUACUUUUACAAAAUUAGGUCAGUCAUAUACUUUUAUAAUCAGCUUUUGUACUUAAUAAAUUAGACUUUUAAUCUGUUACAUAUAUUCUUCUACAUGUUGUCACACAGCGGGUGGGGGCAGCUUGUCCUCACAGGCUCUGUCGGCAUCCUUUCAGCCCCGCUGCCAUGAGCCUUCUCAUGGGUGCACGUUCAUAUGCACGGCCUGCCUGGGGCUCAGCUCUGCUGGGGUGAAGCUGUGGGCACUCCAUCCUUGGAAGGGCGCAGGCAGAGUGGAGAGGCUGUUCCUGGAAACCUGAGAGCACUGGCAAUAAAAAAUGAUCCCUGUCAGUCAAAUAACUAUCCUGUCUAGUGGUGCUGUAUAUGUUUUCUUGUGUUUGUGGUCAUUUUACUUUCUCAUUUGAUGUGCUUUACUUGGCAGUUCUUAUUGUGUGCAAGGGUUAUUUUUUUUUUUAAUUGAUUUGUAGGACCUGGUUUAUGUUAAGGAUCAGAACCUCUGUAUAAUCCAUACUUUUCCUACUGGGCCAUUUGUAUCUUGAUUCUCUGUUUUUAUUUUUAAUUGAAGGAUAAUUGCUUUA